AGGAGCUGUAAGACAUGGCGCGUUUGGUUGCGGUUUGCAGGGACGGGGAAGAGGACAUCCCUUUCCUCGCAAGACAGAUUCCCCUGUACAUCGAUGACACUCUUACAAUGGUGAUGGAGUUUACUGACAAUGUCAUGAACCUUGACAGUCACCAGAUCAACAGCUCUGAGAUGAAGCAGUUUGUUGAGGUGAGUGAGUACUGUCAACAUCCUAGUCAUGAGGAAGGAAGAAGAUUUGUGUGUAUUAGGGACGUUACCCAUUAACCGUUAGUCGGUUAGCCACUGAAAACACAUUUGACCGGUCAUUCUUAAUUUAAUUUAUCUCCAGAGUGGCGCUGCGGUCUAAGGCACUGCAUCUCAGUGCUAGAGGCGUCACUACAGACCCUGGUUCGAUUCCAGGCUGUAUCACAACCGGCCGUGAUUGGGAGUCCCAUAGGGCUGCGCACAAUUGGCCCAGAGUCGUCCGAGUUAGUGUUUGGCCGGGGUAGAACGUCAUUGUAAAUAAGAAUUUUUUUCUUAACUGACUUCCAUAGUUAAAUAAAGGUUAACAUUUUUUAUUUUUUUUUGCAUAAUUAGGUGGAAUUAAAUUGCAGUGUGUUUCGUUAGUCGUCAUGCAUCUUAUUAACCAAAAUGUAAUUUUUUUUGUUUUUUAAACAACUAAUUGACAUAUGUCAGUUAAAUUAUUUGAAUUCCAUUUUGUUCGUUGUUUCUUCUUCUGUGCACUCAAUGUGCUCAUUGAUAGUUUCUCUAGAGAUAAAUCAGGUCCAGCCUGAACUGUGUGAUGUACUAGGGAGUUUCCAAAAGGCCAAUAUUCUACAUAGUUUAGUGCUUAAAACGUGGUUAUUAACUAGAAUGACCAUAAUCCAUUGCGCAUCUACUUAUCCGGUCUGUGUUUCUUUUAUGCCUCCUACGGAAGAGGCAGAAGAAUGCACGAUUGUGAGGGUAUCUAGAAAGCAGCUUUUGCUUUGCAAUGUAUCUCUAUCUGAAAAUACAUGAUCUAAGUGAUUGAUAGUUGGAAUUGAGCAGUCAUUAAAGGUAUGCCUUAUUUACUUUGAAAAACUACAAAAUAGUGAUUUUGUUAGACAGCAUAUGCAGGAGCUCUAUAGAGAUGAGAUGGUGACUUGGAAUGAAAUAAUGGUAAUC